UGUGGCAAGAGCAGUCCGUUAGCCUCCAUGGUCUGUGCUGCUCGUCUUGUUAUGGCUCCUCCUGCUAUAGCAUAACAGCAGCGGCGGAACAGGCGCAGGGGUUAGGAACCGAACCACAUAUUUGUUUUCCCCUUUUUGGUAACGGAAAAGGUGGCGGACUGCGCAAUGUUUAAGAAAAAGGCAUAUUAGCUAGUGUGCCCCGCUUUGUCUCUGCUGCUGCGAAGGGUUAGACAUUUCUUCAAAGAUUAAUAACCCCCCCAAAUGAACUCCGUCAGAGCAAGUAGCAGAAGACCCAGGCGAGUGUCCAGGCCGCGCCCGGUAGAGCCGGAAAGGAAUAACCAGGAAAGAGAUGAGGACGUUCCUGCAGAUAUGGUCGCAGAAGAAUCCGGUCCAGGAGCUCAGAACAGUCCCUACCAACUUAGAAGGAAGUCUCUACUACAGAAGAGAACAGUGUGUCCAGCCAAGGCCAACAUGGAGGGUGCUUCCACAUCCACCACUGACAACUUUGGGCAUCGAGCAAAGCGCCCCAGAGUCUCGGGAAAGUGUCAAGAUUUAUCAGCGCCAGCAGAGCAGUACCUCCAGGAGAAGCUGCCGGACGAGGUGGUGCUGAAGAUCUUCUCCUACCUCCUGGAGCAGGACCUUUGUCGCGCUGCAUGCGUGUGCAAGCGCUUCAGCGAGCUGGCAAACGACCCAAUCAUCUGGAAGAGGCUCUACAUGGAGGUUUUUGAAUACACACGUCCUAUGAUGCACCCAGAGGCAGGGAAGUUCUUCCAGAUCAACCCAGAGGAGUAUGAACAACCCAACCCUUGGAAGGAGAGCUUCCAGCAACUGUACAAGGGAGCGCACGUAAAGCCAGGCUUCGCUGAGCACUUCUACAGUAAUCCCGACCGAUACAAGGGACGAGAGAGCAUGCUCUACUACGACACCAUCGAAGACGCCCUGGGCGGCGUGCAGGAGGGCCACUUCGACGGCCUCAUCUUCGUCCACUCCGGCGUCUACACGGACGAGUGGAUCUACAUCGAGUCGCCCAUCACAAUGGUUGGCGCCGCCCCGGGGAAAGUAGCCGACAAAGUGGUCAUUGAGAACACCCGCGAUUCGACGUUUGUAUUCAUGGAGGGAUCCGAGGACGCGUACGUCGGAUACAUGACCAUACGGUUCAACCCCGAUGAUAAGUCGGCCCAGCACCACAACGCACAUCACUGCCUGGAGAUCACGGUCAACUGCAGCCCCAUCAUAGACCACUGCAUCAUUCGCUGCACGUGCACAGUUGGGUCGGCAGUUUGCGUGAGCGGCCAGGGUGCCUUUCCCACCAUCAAGCACUGCAACAUCAGCGACUGUGAAAACGUGGGCCUCUACAUCACUGACCAUGCACAGGGCAUGUACGAGGACAACGAGAUCUCCAACAACGCGCUGGCGGGCAUCUGGGUGAAGAACCACGGCAACCCCAUCAUCCGACGGAACCACAUCCACCACGGCAGAGACGUGGGGGUGUUCACCUUCGACCACGGCAUGGGCUACUUCGACAGCUGCAACAUCCACAGGAACCGCAUCGCGGGCUUCGAGGUGAAGGCGUACGCCAACCCCACGGUGGUGUGCUGCGAGAUCCACCACGGCCAGACGGGCGGCAUCUACGUCCACGAGAAGGGCCGCGGGCAGUUCAUCGACAACAAGAUCUAUGCAAACAACUUCGCCGGCGUGUGGAUCACCUCCAACAGCGAUCCCACCAUAAGGGGCAACGCCAUCUUCAACGGGAACCAGGGCGGAGUCUACAUCUUCGGCGACGGCCGGGGCCUCAUAGAGAGCAACGACAUCUACGGCAACGCGCUGGCAGGCAUCCAGAUCCGCACCAACAGCUGCCCCAUCGUCAGGCACAACAAGAUCCACGACGGGCAGCACGGGGGCAUCUACGUGCAUGAAAAGGGCCAGGGGGUGAUCGAGGAGAACGAGGUGUACAGUAACACGCUGGCAGGGGUCUGGGUGACGACCGGCAGCACGCCAGUACUGAGGAGAAACAGGAUACACAGCGGCAAGCAGGUCGGGGUCUACUUCUACGACAACGGUCACGGUGUGCUGGAGGAUAACGACAUCUACAACCACAUGUACUCUGGAGUGCAGAUUAGAACUGGCAGUAAUCCCAAAAUCCGACGGAACAAGAUCUGGGGCGGUCAAAACGGAGGCAUUUUGGUUUACAACUCUGGCUUGGGCUUCAUUGAGGACAACGAGAUCUUCGACAACGCCAUGGCCGGAGUGUGGAUCAAGACGGACAGCAACCCCACGCUGCGCAGGAACAAGAUCCACGACGGGAGGGACGGAGGCAUCUGUAUCUUCAAUGGAGGACGAGGGUUGCUAGAAGAAAACGACAUCUUCCGAAACGCCCAGGCGGGCGUUCUCAUUAGCACCAACAGCCACCCCAUACUGCGGAAAAACCGAAUAUUCGACGGCUUCGCUGCAGGUAUCGAGAUCACAAACCACGCCACGGCCACUCUCGAGGCGAACCAGAUCUUCAACAACCGCUUCGGAGGCCUUUUCCUGGCCUCUGGCGUCAACGUGACAAUGAAAGAUAACAAAAUAAUGAACAAUCAGGAUGCCAUUGAAAAGGCUGUAAGCAGAGGUCAGUGCCUGUACAAGAUUUCAAGUUACACCAGCUACCCAAUGCACGAUUUUUACAGGUGCCACACCUGUAACACCACAGACCGCAACGCCAUCUGCGUGAACUGCAUCAAAAAGUGUCACCAGGGACACGACGUGGAGUUCAUCCGACAUGACCGGUUCUUCUGUGACUGCGGCGCCGGGACACUGUCGAACCCGUGCACGCUCGCCGGAGAGCCCACGCACGACACGGACACGCUGUACGACUCUGCCCCCCCGAUCGAGUCGAACACCCUGCAGCACAACUGAGACUUGAGAGCCACCGCGCACACAAACACACACACACACACACAGACAGACACACACAGCACCGCCACCUUCCUGGCUCCGUCAGACUCCAAGAUGGAGGCAGGCCAGCCUGUACAGGGGGACAAGGCCGAAACCCGGGCUCCAAGUCCACAGAUUCACUUCCGAGGAGGACGUGACGCAAGAGAUACGCAACUUUAUAUGCAGGAGUGGGACAGGAAGGGGAUAAGGUUCCCCCAUUGGACGCCUCGAUUCUUCUUAUUUUAUUUUUUACAAUUUAUCGACCGAGGACUCAGGAUUUGGGCGGGGGAGGGAAUGGGGGGAGGGGGGCGGGGAGAGAGAGAGAGAUGCCAAGGAAGAGCCAGCAAAGCACGUCUGUCUGUCUGUCUGAGCGACAGCAAGUCACGUAUAUACAAGAAUCCUCAUGGACAGCGGCGCUGACUCAAGCGGUCCCCAUGGCAACAAUACUUCCAUCACCGGGCAACCGUCGAGCUUGUAUGCACGUCCGGAAAAAAGAAAACAAAAAGGACACAGCACUUCAGCGAUAAAAAAAAAAAAAAAGAUUUAAUUUUUAAUGCUUUUUGUGUAGUUUUGUAUUUCAUGCAAAAAUCGUACUGUACUUGAAUGUCUUUAUUUUAUUCAACGUGGUUUUAUUUUUUUAUUUUUCUCACCCAGCAAUCGCUUCCCCCCCCCCCCCCACUUCCGCUGUAAAUGUACUCCCGUCGCAGUAUCUUAACUUCUUUCUGUGAAAGAGAACACGAGGAAACACUAAACAUUUCCUCCAGCAAUGUUGGCUUAUUUACAUUUAUCAUUCAAGAAAAAGAAAAAAAACUUUUAAUUUCACAAGACUUGUUAAAAGCCCAGUCUCCCAUGUAUAGCUUAUGUGUCGUUUUUAGUAUCCUUGACCUGAACUUUUACCGUCUUAUGGUGUUUGUUGGUGAGAUUCUCUAGAUUUCCUCUACUGUGGCUGUCGGCAGUCCUGAUGGGAAUGCCACACGAUGUUUUUAUACAGUCAUGACGUAUUCAUGUAUACCGUGUCCAUUUUACAGCUCCACUGUCUUGCACAAUUUGUACCUGUUGUAAACUUAUUUUUUUUUGUAAUACUAUAUGGUAUAUCCAACUCAGAAUGGCCUAAUAAACCUACACCAUUUUUA